AGUCAGUUUGCGUUCUCGUGCGUCGCUGUCAGUAGCAGCAGAAAGCCUCACUGUGCGUCCACAGCCUCGGUCUGGGAUUUCUAUAUGUUACUUCAUCAGAAGAGACGCUCGAGAAGCGCGUCUACCUGCUUACAUUGAACCUUUGGAUAUCGCUGCCACUUGAAACGCAUCACUUGAGUCUCGUGGUGCUUUUGCUUUCAAAGUGAUCUGUGUUUAAAACAGCACCCCCGAGGGAAGACUCAUCACAAAACUUUAGAGAAGACUUUACAACUUUGGAGUUACAUGUAGUAGUGACUUCAUGUGGUUUAUCCUCUGACAGAAGCGGACUAUAUCUCUGGGAAACUUAACUGUUGGGUUGUUUUUUUAAACCAUGUUCAGCAAGUGCUCCGUGGUGUUAUUGAAUGUCCUUUUUCUGGUGCGGGCGCUCGCGGCUCACGAGUGCACGCCAUGUAAUCUCCGGACUUGUCCCGUCAAAGCCGCGCACGGCUGCGAGGGUGGCCGGACCUUGGCCAGGGAUCCAUGCGGAUGCUGUGACCAGUGUGCCCGGCUGGAGUGGGAGCCCUGCGGCGGACAGGACUGGGCGCUCGGCUACUGCUCCCUGGGGCUGACCUGCGCCUCUGUUAACAGCACAGGAGCAGCCACAAUCCCUGAAACUGGAGUAUGUAAAGAGCUCCGUGAGCAUCCAGAAGCAGGCCUGGAGGAUGAGCGCUGUCCCCUGAUGACAGGCUGCGACAGAGCUGGAGGUCAGUGUGUGUGCGACGCCCGUCAUUCCUGCUUGGGCUCUUUUGCCUACCCAGAUCAAGAAACCUGCAUGAAGGCCAGCAAGUCAGGUCGAAGGCACGAGCACCGGGAAAGACACAGAGAGAAGUAUGUGGGACCAUCCAACCCGGCUUGCAUGUUCUCUGGGUGUAACCUGACCGCCGAGGGCUGUGUGUGUGAGUCUCAGAGCUGCCACCACCACUUCGCCUACAUCAACCGCAGCCAGUGCCAGGAAGCCGCAGAGGAGCUGAGGUGUGCUGGGGUGACGUGUCCUGAUCUGCAGGUGCCGUCCUGCCCCAAGGGCUCAGUCCUAACCAAGAGCUACACGCCCCCUGCUGGUUGCUGUCCCUCCAUCCCACCCCAGUGCACUUGUGACCUCCGUGCCUGCCACAAGCCCCAGUGCCCUAGCGGACAGCGCGCCGUGCCGCUCAGCCAGGCCAGCGGCCAGCCUGGAGACUGCUGCGAUGUUUACGAGUGCCAGAAAGUCACUCCCAAGUGUGUCCACAAUGGGAAGGAGUUUUCCGAGGGAGAAGUGUAUCGCAUGGACCCCUGCUGGCUGUGUCAGUGCCGGGGAGGAAUCUCCUUCUGCUCCAAGGCUGAGUGCGCUGAGCUGGACUGCGAAAACUUCUACAUUCCAGAGGGUGAAUGUUGCCCUGUCUGCAUAGAUGUGGAGUUAUUGUCGAUGGACAGCACUAAAGCCAGUUGCUGGGUGAAUAAUAAGCUGCGGGCCCAUGAGGAGCAGUGGAAAGAAGACGACUGCACCUUCUGUCAGUGUGUGGAUGGAGAGCCGCACUGCACGGCCAUGGCCUGCAAACAGAGCUGCCAGUACCCUGUCAAGAUCCCUGGAGAGUGCUGUCCUUUCUGUGAAGAGCCGUCUUACGAAACAGUUAGCCCCAUGCUAUGCCCUCCCCUGGAAAACUGCUCCCUGUCAGGGAGCGACUGCCCCUAUGGCUUCCAGCAAGACAAAAAUGGAUGUCUACUCUGCCAGUGUCUCAACAAUGACUCCUGCCCUGACCUGGGAAAAUAUUGUUCCCUGCAAUGUCCAAUGGGGUACGAGAGGGACGAUUAUGGCUGUGAGGUCUGCGAGUGCAGCAUCCCUGUGCCCAAGUGCCGACCUUUGACCUGCACCAAGACCUGCCCCUAUGGAUAUGUGAGAAACAAGCACGGCUGCGAGAUGUGUCGCUGUGUCAAGUGUCCCCCCUUCACCUGUGACAAGCACUGCAGCGAUGGCUAUCAACAGAACAGGAAGGGCUGCUCCAUCUGCAUGUGUAAAGAAAGUGGCCACGUCCCAAGCACCACUGCCCUUGCCCCAAUGCCCAGCUAUUGCCUCACCUCCAAUGGACACCGAUACGAGGAGGGUGACGGCUGGCACGACGGCUGCCGCGACUGCUACUGCCACUCUGGACGGGAAAUGUGUGUGCUCAUAUCCUGCCCCGUACCCAGCUGUUCUAAUCCAGUUGUGAGGCCUGACCAGUGUUGUCCUACAUGUGAGGAUGAGUCAGGCAGCGGUCAGCCAGAGGGGAUGGACAUGGUGGUGUGCAGAGCCCCUGGGGGGGAGUUUUACGUGGAGGGGGAGACCUGGAACCUGGACGAGUGCACACGGUGUACCUGCAGGAAAGGACGUGUCCUGUGUGACACUGAAGUGUGUCCCCCAGCUCUCUGCCAGACACCGAUCAGGAACAAGGACACCUGUUGCCACGUAUGCCCAGAGGAGACGCUGAGCCCCUUGCUGCCAGUGAACAACAGCCAGCAGGAGUACUGCAUAACUAUCGAAGGAGACGUGCUGCUGGCCGGGGACUCCUGGAAGGCCAACGCCUGCACCAGCUGCACCUGCAACAACGGCACCAUUCAGUGUUUCUCUCAGCGCUGUCCGGCUGCCAACUGCCGGGUGCCCGUCUUACGCAAGGGCCAGUGCUGCCCACACUGCCUCGAAAUUACAACGUCAGUUCCGGUGAUGGUGUCCACCAACGCCCCCAAGACAACAGCCUCUGUUACAGUGGAGACUGCGCUGUGGAUCACCACUGUCACUGUACCACCCAUCAUUGCUGAUACUGAUGAGCCAGGUUUGGGUGAGAAUUACCCCAGCCAAACAGAGAUGGCUGUCAUCUACCAAUCAGCAGCCUGGAUCCUGGCUGGUCUCCUCCUGGCCAUUAUUAUCUUCCUUGUUGUGGCGUUGCUCAUCAACAAGAAGAAGAAGUGGGUGCAGAUGUCCUGCUACAGCGCCCCGAAGAAGACUGUGAUCCUAAAGAAGCACGUCAACAAGAACUCAGUGGUCUACAUGGAGCCUUCCAAGGAGAACAAAUUUCAGAACGUGAAGAACGACUGCGGCAUCAUCCAUUUCUCUCCAGAAAUGAGCUCCACCUGUGCAGACAAGAUGACCAUCCCCAGGGCCAAGCUGGGCAAUGACUGGACGCCACGCUAAAACAAACACAACAAGACACACAGCUACAAGUGUGCAGAUCAGAGCUGUCCGGCACCUCCCACUCUCUCUCACUGACUGCUGUCUCCAUGGUGAUUAGUGCAAACAGUGCACACAAACACACCUUGGGUGCCACCUUGUUCCCACCCUUCUGUCUGUGUGAAACCGAGGAUGCUCUACAAGAGACAAACCGAGUGACCUCUGUUUCUUUUAAUAUGUGUCCAUAUUGUUCUGUGCUUGGAUCUUUGUGGUGGAGUGAGAUGCUGGGAGGUGGAUGGACGGGUGGACGUAUAGAGGACACAGCCACUCCAAUGCUUAUUAUUGCCUCCUUUUGAAACUGGAACUUUGAGGCAAUAAGAGGAGCAUAAAAGCUUUAGGUCAGGGGUUGCAGUUGAAAGGGGGUGUAGAGGAUGCUGCCCCCCCCUGAAUUCAGCAGUGCUUCAUGGAUGUAAUCAUCUUCAUCAGCAGGGAGGCCAAAGGAACUGAUAAUCCUGUUGGACCAGCAGCCAAAUCAUAAUAAGUCAACAGGCUUUACGUACACCCCCAGAUCCAACCCCCUGCUUUAGAAUGUGUGGUUUCCAUCUUAGUUUUUGUAUAUUUUUACAGUAUUUGUACUAGUUGUAGUGUUGUUCUUGGCCACCUCUCGUUUUUAUUAUGGGUGUCUCCGUGAGGCCAGAUUGAAACAUUUUGAAAAUGCCAGUCUAAACAUUCCCGCGAUCAACUUCAGGAAGGACACGCUUCCCAAAUAAUAGCCCCGUUUCUACCUUCAGAUGACCCGAGUCAUUCCAUUCAGAAAAAGUCCGACAGAUAUCUGCAAUUCUAUGAGAUGAAAUGUGAACUCUCGCUCUGAGCUCGUCCGCAAUACGGUAGCCAGCGGUCUCCGUCUUUCCCCUGAGCCUCAUCUGUCAAAGACUCUUCCAGAAGGAAUCGGUUGUACUUCGUCAUCACGAUAAUUGCUGAGUUGAAGUGAUGUUCAUCCAAGAAGUCAUUUUUACUGACUGCAGAGUGGUGCCAGACCCUUCAUCUGGACCUAUGUGGAAUGUCUUUAAUAUCAUGCCUCACUCCUAACUUCAUUCACAGUUGUGUGUUUGUGUGUGUUUGUGUGUGUCUGUGUGUGUGUCUGUGUGUGAAGGUACUGUUCACACUGAAUGCUAGCAUUAGUGAUUAGUGUUGUUUCAUUUUAAAGCCUUAAUUCUAUAGCCUUAAUGAAUAUCUUGCUUUCAUUUAGUAAGUGUGAGCCCAUAUCAAGGAAUCUGAAAACAGUAAUACAUUCACCCAGCAUUAAAGGUCGAGUGUGUGGGAUUUAGGGGCAUCAAUUGGCAGAAAUGUUUUAUAAUAUUCACGACUAUUUUUUUCAUUAGUUUCUAAUAUAAACAUUUUUUUCUAGUUCCUGCUUGGCUCAUUGUGGUGUGACAGAUUUUCAAAUCGCUUUUCUCAGCUCAAGGAAAGUUUUACGAAUAUGAAACCAUCACAUGGUGGUUUCAUAUUCGUAUGAAUAUGAAUAUGAAUAUUCUAUUAUGACACAAGUCAUAAUAGAAAAAGUCAUAAUUGACUUUGUUUGCAGUUUGAGGUGUUCUGUCAUUCGUUUAAUGGACAUAGUGGUCUGUGGGGAUUUUUGCUGCAAUACCACUGCUGGAAAAAAAAAUGGACAUAACCCCGGGAUUCCGCCAGCAUCAUGUCCAGAGCAUUACGGCUGCGGCACUGUUUUGCUCCGUCCCCCACACGGCUCUCUACCCCACCAAGCGCGUCUGUUUAGUGUUUCAGAUGCCCGUGCCGCGGCCGUAACGUGCCGCUGACGGACUCGGUGGAAUUUAGGGGUAAGGCUGAGCGGCCUUCCUGGGCAUACGCUAUAAUAAAUCCAUGGGCAUGCCUCCUUCAAAUUGUCAACAGUUGCCCAGCGUGCAAACCCAACACUGACUGUAGAAAGCCCGUACGCAUUUUCGCAUCUGCCACCGCAGUUCUACAUGUUUGACACAGGAGAAAUUUCGGUUCUACAACCUCAAUGCUAGACACAAAACAAAACGUGUAUUGCAUGUUAUAUUAUAUACCUGUCAAUAACAGCCUAAAUCCUACACAGAAGACCUUUAUGAGAAACUAAAAGUGUUGUCACAUGUUCCUCAACUCUUCAUUCACAUGUGAUUUAUCUGUUGUGGAAGAGUGUAAAGUAGGCUUGUUAGUAACUGUACGUAAUGGUACACACUACAACAUCAGAGUAUGUUAAAGAGACAUAGCACUUUUCUUUGGAGCUCUUUGGGCUUUCUUUUGUCUUAUUUUAGAGAGCUCCCUGCAGGAUUCUUUUAGGGAUAAAGUCCCUAAUCAGGGAUUUGAUAUCGGCAUAUUAAGCCCACGGAGAUGUUAAACCACUCAAGUGAACAUGCUGUUGCAGCUAGAGGCUUCUUACCAAUCUGAUCAGUAAGGAGCGGGGGUGGGGUCUGAGAAACAUUACGAAACUAACUGUUGUUUCAUAGGAGAAGGUUUGGGAUCAGAGUUCUCAAUCCAUUGCCAAUUUCUCAACACAAAGACCGUUCUGAUGCCAAAAUUGGUUAGAGACCAAUUUAUAUUGAAGUGUUUUAGUAACUCAGUAGAUUUGUGUCUGUUUGAAUCAUGACCAUGUGCUUUAAAAUGAAGAGGUGACUGUAAAAGCUUACGCAAUUCUUUGUUCUUCUAUGUGUAAAAAAAUAGUUUAAAUUAGUAGGACAGAAGAGUACCUUAUUUAUUUUUUCACAUAGCUUUAUUUAUUAAUACUAAACUAUAGUUUGAGAUUUUUUUUUCUUUGAAAAAAUGAACUUUUGGUAGCCAAAGCUGCUGUACAUUGUAGACUAUUUACCAUUUCUAUCUGCUAUAUUCUAUACAACCUUAUUUAUUUCUCUGUUGCAAAACUUGUAAAUAUGUUUCCUAGAUGAUGAACUGCAACAUUUACACUUAUUUUGAAAAAUAAAUGUGUGAACCAAAGUGGCUCCACUUGGAUGAUACUUUAACUAGCUGGGAGGAAUAAUUCCCUAAAAUGCGGUGAUGUCAUUCAAGAUGGUAUCUGUUAGUGGUUUUUAACCCAACUUACAGAAUUGCUCAUGCACAUCUGGUUUUGGAUUUCUGCUUUAAGUGGGACUUUGUCUUCUUGUAGUUGCUUUAAAUCUGGUCGUUUUCCCUUGUUUUCUUAUCCCAGUAGCACUUGCAGAUGUGUUUAGUGGUGGUAGGUUGUUUCAUAGGGGGGCCUUCCUUCUUUCUUUUUUCACCCUCUCUUUUCAAACUCUUUUUUUCCUCCUCCUUUUAACUCAGUGUUUUUUGUAAUCUUCUUAAUUUUUCUGCACUUAAAGUGUUUUAUGCAGGAAAAAAAUGUCCAACAAAAGCUCACCGAAAUUGGCAGGUGAGUUGAAAUUCCACCCAAACAUUUGUCAUUUGUCUUUAAGUUUAAAUUAAAUAAAUACUCAUAAAUAAAAAA